AUGAGUAAGGCUCUCUACGUCGACACGCUACUCCUGUGCCACGGUGAUCGUGGCGUCAUGCGAAACAAGGAGCUUCUCCGAAAAAAGGGAAGCGCAAGUCGUGUUGCUUCUUCCAACAACGACGUGAUGGGUGAUGAUCAAUCUGAAGAAGAAAAUGAGGAGCUCUUAGAGGCCAAGAAGAACUACAAGUCCGAG